AUGGACUGGAUCACCGGCCAGUGGUCACUGUUCACCAACCAAAAUAAAUACAUGAACGCACUUACCGUCAAGAGGGCCGUAAAACCACAACGCGGAGGUGUCAAUAAAACGAGUGCGAAAUCCAAUCGAAAAAUUGAGGUGGUGAUAAGCGAGGGCGAGGAAAUGGUUGAACGCGCGACGGAACGAAGCUCCUCUGCAGAAAGAAGCGACCAACUGACCAACCGACCGACCCACGAUAAGCCACCACACAACUUUAGCCAGCAACGUCGCCCGCUGCCGCUAGUCGUUGAUGUUCACAGCCAAUCCAACACACAAAGCUACGGCACCUGGUCAUCGCCAUGGUCGUGGCUCCGCGUGUCAAUCCAAGCCGUUGGCUGGCGACGAGCCCAGAAACACAGGGUCAUUCUGCCACGAGUGCCAUUCGACGACAGCGACGACUGGCCGUGCACUCCUAAAGCCUCGAGCUGA